CUAAGCGCUAGGCAUGACGGGAUAAAUAGUUUCGUUUCUAAGUUUCAAAGAUGGCGGCAAGAGGACGACAAACCAUAAUUCUGUCUUCCCUCCCACUCCAAGUCUUGUACUACCUGAAUGGCUGGUACUUCGGCUUCUUCUGGAUAGCAGAGGCCCUCAUGUUUGUCUAUAAAGGACAAGUGCUACCAUUCCCUUCUACAAACCUGGCAUCAGAGAUUGUGCUUCUGUUUUUAUUGGGGAUCAUAGAAGUCAUAAGGUUGUUCUUUGGUUCAAAAGGCAACCUAACAGAGCGUAUCAUCUCCAUGGUGGUGUCCAUCCUACUGUGCCUGCCCGUGCUGUUCACUGUGCUGUUCUUCCUGCUGUGGCAGACCUACGUGCUGAGGGCAGAGGUCAUCCUGUGUGCCAUCCUGCUGGUGUUCCUGGGGCUGGAGCUCGUCCUGGGUGUGGCAGCUAUGGUCAGCUUUGCCAGGGCAGAGACAUUUCGAUGAUGGACUCAGAGAGAAGACUUCCCCCUUUUAUAUCUGUACAAAGAAACUUGGCUUCAUAUUUGAUUUUUGGACUUGGUACAUCAUUCAUAGAUACUGCAUAUGUUAUUCUAUUUUGAGGUCAAUGAUAUUUUGUUGUUUGUAUAUAUCCCCAAGUGACCUUAUAUUAUGCCAAGAAAAGUUUGUAAAUAAGUAAGUUUUGUAAAUAGUUGGUUGUCAAUACAACACUGAAAAUACUAUUCAUGUUACUUUUUUUAAUUUUAUUUUGAAGUGAAGUUAGUCUUAGCCUUCAUUUUCUUAUUUCAUACUGAUUGGUUGGAAAGAAAAUUAACAAAGCUGUAAUAUUAAUAAAGUGCU